AUGGCGCCGCCCUCAUUCUCGCCCGACACGUCCAUUUCUUCCCACACGCUCUCUCUUGAAUCUGCACACCCGCCGCCAAUGGACCUGCGCGCCGCCGACAUGAACUCCUCGUCGAGUCUCGCGACCAACCCGCUCGCCUUCCUCCAGCCAACCGUACAACUCAAUGCAGCCUUUCUCGCCGCCGCGAAACAAUAUCUAGACCCCGUUGCCGCCGGCAUUAGCGAGGUACAGACACAGCGCCAGCAAGAGCUGCGCAAGAAGCGGAAGCGUGGCUAUGGAUACGACAAUGAUGUCAGCGUACUGCAUCUGAAGAAGGUGCAUCUCGAAGGGUUUGGUGUGAACCAGGUUUUCGAGCAGACACGCAAAAUCGUCGAGGCCACCGCGGAAGAAAUUGAGCUUUCGCUGCCCGAGAACGAGGAUGUCGUAGCAGUACACGACGAUGACGGUGGGGAUGACGAUGCGGAAGAUGCUUCAGAUGACCUGGAAUCUAGUCUGGGUGAGGAGGGUGUUGAUUGGGAGUACGACGGCGUGGACGACGACGAAGAUGCUGAGCCUUUAGAAGAUGAUAUCUCUGGCGAGGAAGAUAUCGAUAUGGACGGUGAUGUGGAUAUGGAAGGCGCAGAGGGCGAAUUGUUUUCUGAAGAGUCUGAUGACGAACCCGCCGAAACGUACAAACCUGAUCCCCAUGGCCUCAAUGAUGGCUUCUUUUCCAUCGACGAUUUCAACAAGCAGUCCGACUUCCUAGAACAACAGGACCAACGAGGCGAAGCAGAAGCGGAAAGCGAAGACGAAGAGGUUGAUUGGACUGCAGACCCUAUGGCAGAAAAGUCAGGCACAGGCAAACGAGUGGGCGGCGAAGAAGACGUCUCCGAUGAUGAGUCGGAGGCAGGUGGUCCAACCUUCGGCAAUGUGGACCUGAACGCACCAGAAGGUGACAGUGAUGAUGAUGAAUUUGAAGACGGCGAUCUAGAUGUGAUGGACGACGGCACCAAUGCCAACAACGUCAUGUAUAAAGACUUCUUCGCUCCACCCGCACGCAAAGUAGGCAAGAACAAGAAGAAGCGAGGUCGACCAAAUCCCCACAACUUCCCUGAGAAGAAAGAGGGUGAAGAAGCAGAAGCCGAGGAGGGGCCAGAUGUAGAGGGCACUAUGGCUAGGGUACACCGCGACCUGUUUGAGGACGACGACGACAUGGAGAGCAACAACGACUUGUCAGAUGUUGAUCCCUCAGAUCCAAAGUCACGACGAUCAACGCACGAAAGGAAGCAAGCCAAGAUUGCAGAGGAGAUCAGGAAGCUUGAAGCGGCCAACAUUGCGAAACGCGAAUGGCAAUUAUCUGGUGAGGCACGCGCUGCAGACCGCCCCCUCAACUCCCUACUAGAAGAAAACCUGGAGUUCGAACGAGCCGGAAAGCCAGUACCGAUCGCUACAGCCGAAGUGUCUGAGGACAUUGAAGCUCUAAUCAAGAGGCGAAUAUUGGCUGGCGAGUUCGACGAGGUGCUGCGACGCCGGCCCGACGAUCUCGCUACAGGUCCCAAAGUCCGAAGAGGUCAACUCGAACUCGAUGACAGCAAAUCCGGUAAAGGUCUCGCCGAGAUCUACGAGGAAGAACAUCUCCGUACCACAGACCCGAACUACGUAGACGCGAAAGACGAGAAGCUGAAGAAGGAGCACGACGAAAUAUCAGCAAUGUGGAAGAAACUGUCGGCUAAGCUCGACUCCCUUAGCUCAUCACACUUCAAGCCCAAGCCCGCUGCGCCCAACCUGGAAAUUCGCGUCGAUGCACCCGCUAUUGAAAUGGAGGACGCACGACCCACAGCUGGUGGCGAAGUCGCCGGCGCCAGCAUGCUCGCGCCCCAAGAAGUAUACAAGCCCGGAGAUGAGGCGAACAAGUCUGAAGUUGUCACCAAGAGCGGCAUGCCCAUCUCCCGCGAGGAAAUGUCUCGUGAAGAGAAGGCCGCGAGACGCCGUAGGGCCAAGGAGAAGAGCAAGAAGGAAGGUCUUAACAAGCCAAAGACCGUCUCCGUGGAGAAGGGAGGCAGAGUUGGCAGGAAGGGCGAGAAGCCUGGUAAGAAGCAACUCAUUGGAGAGUUGAAGAAGGGUGGAGUGCAGAUCAUUGGUCGCAAGGGCGUACUUACGGACGUUGAAGGUAAAGAGGUGAAGGAUGCUGCGAGGAAGGGAGCAGGAAGCUACAAGCUCUAA